AUGGCCGAAACAAGUAUACGUCUGUGUUGCUAUAUUAUCAGAGACGAUUUCGGUGCAAUUGUUGAACAAGUGGCUAAAGUUCUUCUACAAAAAGGUCGACUUCCGUUACCACUAAUAGCGAGAUUUGCGAAGUAUACUUUAUCAAAAACACGGGAAAGCCUUUUUAUUUUAAUACAGCAUAAUAUAGUAUAUUGGACUGAAACAAGGGAAGGCUCACGAAUUGGAAUAUAUUAUUCCAUUGAGAAAGAUGAAAUUCUGACAAGGUUGAACUUUGGUAUCUAUAUUAAAAACGCCAAUGAAUGGAUUGGUUGUAGGGGAGCAAGUGAAAUUAUUAGGCUUAUGUUGCUUAAUGGUAAAACGACCUUUAAGAAACUCGUUGAAAAAGAUUUAAAAAUAUCUAAAAAAACGAGUAGUAAAUACCGUGAUGUUAAAGAAAUUUUUUCUAAAAUGAUCGAGAAACAUUACAUUACACCUUUCAACUUUACUGAUUCAAAAUCGGCUCAAGAUAAGGCUUCUGAAGCUGAACAACGUGAAUUAGCAAAGGUGACGAAUUUCAUUCCCACUAAAAAACAAGUGGCAGAAGUUAAAGCUAAACUUGCAGGUGAUGUUGAUGUGGAUGAAGCCGCAACUGGAUUGAAACGGAAAAUAAACGCUGUUACUUUUGACAGGCCGGCAAAGCAACGGAAAGGCGAGGAAAUUUUUAAUGAAGAUCAAUAUUUUCGUGUGAAUUAUGGGAAAUUUAAUGUCAAGAUGAGAAAUACGCGUUUCGAAUCAUUUGUUGGAACUCGUAUUAAUAAUUCUGCAGGUCUAAUCACAAAAAUUAUACUGGACAUCUCAGAUGACGAAAAAGCAGAAGACACAGAAUCCCGGUUGAUUUCGGCUCAAAGAAUUAUUAAAAGUAUUCCG